AUGGCAUUCAGGGUUUCGUCAUUCCCACCACCUUGUCUACGUUCUCCCUACUGGCAAAAUUUCAUAGCGGGUACCAUUGUGGGUAUGACGGUCGGACUUUACCAGGCAUUGAAUUUACUCGGAGCUGGUGGUGGCCGUCCCAACUCGGCCCAAAUGGUUCAAGUGGUGAACGCCUUGCUGUGUGGAGUGUUUGUUGUCUCAUCAGCUCUUGGAGGCAGUGUGCUGAAUACCUUUGGGCCCACUAUCACAAGUAUACUGGGUAUCAUUGGGUAUAUGCUCUAUGUUGGUGGCCUUUGGUAUUUUGACCGGACUGACCAUGAAUGGUUCCCAAUAUUUGGAGGCGUCGCCAUUGGAAUUUCCGCGGGCCUUAUAUUUGUGACCAUGUCGUCUAUUUCUAUAUCCUACUCCGAGGAAAAAGAACGAGGAUCAUUCAUUGCCAUGUCAGUCAACCUUCAGGCUACGGGGGCAGCUGUCGGGGGUCUGGUUGCUCUUAUAAUUAAUCGGCACUCCAAGGAAGCAACGGGAGUUCCAUUGGCAGUGUAUGUCUUCAUCCUGGCCAUGAUGGGACUUAGCUGUAUACUUGCCCUCGCCUUGAGACCUGCUUCGAAAGUAAUAAGAGAAGACGGCACCCAAGUCACUACAAUCAAGUCUCGUGGUUAUUUGGAAGAACUCAAAGCAAACCUCAAUAUUUUCAGAGACUGGAAGCUUUUAAUCAUGAUUCCAGCUUUUCUCCCUUCUGAAUGUUUCCUUGUGUAUGGAGGGUCUGUCAACGCAUUUCACAAUAAUUUGAGGACGAGAUCUCUCCUAUCGUUCUGUGCCGUCGCUCUUCAAAUUCCCUGCGGCUUCGUCCUCCAAAAGAUUUUGGACUAUGAGAAAUUGUCUCGCCGAAAAAGGGCACUUAUCAGCCUCGCAACCGUUAGCACUCCAUUAAUGGCGGCCUGGAUCUGGGAAAUCAUACGCGUCCGUGACUACGAUCGCCACAAUCCACCGUCUACACCACUUGACUGGACUAGUGAUGGAUUUGCUCCUAUAUUCGUCUUAUUUAUGAUGAACUGGGUAUCUAGCUCACUUUUUCAGUACAUUAUUCUCUAUUUCCUCGGCUGCAUGACGAAUUCUCCUCAAACUUCGGCAAACUACGCAGGUGCCUACCGUAGCUUCUUGGCUAUCGGUGAAACGAUUUGCUUUGGUGUAGACUCAACCGAUGUUCCAUACAUUAAAGAGGCAGGUGUAAUAUUCGCCUUCUAUGCUUGUGGUGUGCUUGUAUUCAUUUUUUUCGUUACAACCCAAGUCACCCAAACACAGUACCUUGUUGGCGAAGAAGGGGUUGUCCUACCACAGCACGUUGUUGAGAAUCAUGAUCAGCCUAUUCGCGCAGCCGAGGGCAUUGAUAUAAAGGGGGAAGAUCCCUCUGACUGA